AUGACCUUUGGCCGGGGUGGCCCGCCGGUGGUGGUGCUGAACGUGGGGGGCACCCGCUACUCUUUCGCCCGGGAGGUGCUGAAGGACUUUCCCCUCCAGCGGGUGAGCCGCCUGCACGGCUGCCUGUCGGAGCAAGACGUGCUCGAAGUGUGCGACGACUACGACCGCGAGCGGAACGAAUACUUCUUCGACCGGCACUCCGAAGCCUUCGGCUUUAUCCUGCUCUACGUGCGCUACGGCCACCUGCGCUUCGUGCCCCACAUGUGUGAACUCUCCUUCUACAACGAGAUGAUCUACUGGGGCCUGGAGGGAUCCCACCUGGACUAUUGCUGCCAGCGCCGGCUGGACGACCGCAUGUCCGAUACUUAUACCUUCUACUCGGCAGAAGACAUCCGGACGGAGCCCUCCGGAGGCGGGAGCGGCAGUAGCAAAAAGAAGAAAUGGCUGGAAAGGAUGAGGAGAACUUUCGAGGAGCCCACCUCGUCGGUGGCCGCCCAGAUCCUGGCCACCGUUUCCAUCCUAUUCGUCAUCGUCUCCAUGGUGGUGUUGUGUGCCAGCACCAUGCCAGAAUGGCGAACAGCUGAGAACCGAAGCCUGGAGGAGCAGAGCAGGUACACAGCAGACUCAAUCAGGGAGCCUUCAGGGAUAAUUGAAGCAAUUUGCAUCGGCUGGUUCACGGCAGAGUGCAUUGUGAGGUUCAUUGUCUCCAAAGACAAGUGUGAGUUUGUUAAGAGACCACUGAACAUCAUUGACUUGCUGGCUAUCACUCCGUAUUAUAUUUCUGUGCUGAUGACAAUUUUUACAGGGGAGAAUUCUCAGCUUCAGAGGGCUGGAGUCACCUUACGGGUUCUGAGAAUGAUGCGGAUUUUUUGGGUAAUUAAAUUGGCCCGCCACUUCAUCGGCCUUCAGACACUUGGCCUGACUUUGAAGCGAUGCUACAGGGAGAUGGUGAUGCUGCUCGUCUUCGUUUGUGUUGCGAUGGCAAUUUUCAGUGCUCUUGCCCAACUUCUUGAACACGGACUGAAAAUAGGAAAACCCAAUGAAGGCUAUGCGAGCAUUCCUGCUGCUUGUUGGUGGGUUAUCAUCUCCAUGACCACAGUUGGUUAUGGGGAUGUUUGUCCUAUCACAGUACCUGGAAGGAUUCUUGGAGGGAUUUGUGUAGUCAGUGGAAUUGUUUUGUUAGCCCUGCCUAUUACAUUCAUCUACCACAGCUUUGUCCAGUGUUACCAUGAGCUCAAGUUCCGGUCUGCUAGAUGUAGCAGGAGUCUUUCUGCAGAAUUUUUAAAUUAA